AGAUCUAACGCAUUGUUUUGGCGGCCAUUUUACUUUAUUUAAAGUAGGCGCUCGUAAGCGGCUUGUCUGCUAGCUGGUUACAAAAUAAACCGAUAAAACAUGAACGCACCACCAGCUUUUGAGUCAUUUUUGCUGUUUGAGGGAGAGAAAAAAAUUACUAUAGUAAAGGACACCAAGGUGCCCAAUGCCUGCCUUUUCACGUUGAACAAAGAAGACCACACACUUGGCAACAUCAUCCGAUCGCAGCUGCUGAAGGACCCUCAGGUGCUCUUUGCAGGGUACAAAGUCCCCCAUCCCCUGGAACACAAGAUUGUCAUCCGCGUCCAGACCACCCCAGAUUACAGCCCGCAGGAAGCCUUCACCAACGCCAUCACGGAUCUCAUCAGUGAGCUGUCCUUGCUGGAGGAGAGGUUCAGGGUGGCCAUCAAGGAUAAACAGGAGGGUAUUGAGUGACCAGUGUCGUCACUGUUCUUUCUCUAAUGGAGGCCUCUGACAUUGAUUAUUUAUUGAGGAUUCGGCUGCAGUUUUCCUUUGUAUGUUUCUAAAUCAUAACAAAAUGGGCUAUUUGUCCAUGUGUUGGGUUAUGCUCUGAAUAUUUCGUGAGGAGAAACCUGUUUUGGCUGCGGGAAAAAAAAACCGUGGAAACUGGGAAGAAUUCACAGCCAGCUCAACAAUGUUUUACUUUAUUUUUGAUAAGCUUUCCCCGUGACUCAGCAUCCCUUCAGUAAAAUCAUUAUUGGUUGAAUAUUCCAGACCAAAUGAAGCACUUUGCUAAUGUUAUGAUGUUCAAGGUGCUCUUUGAAUGUGUUAUUCUCUCUGGAACAAUUGUACAAUUUUCUUUGUACAAUUGAAGAAAAUUGUAAAAUGUCUUUGUUGAAAACUUCUGCGAUUGUAUAUUACUGAUGAUUCAAAUAAUAAAAAAGUGUAAGAA